CUACCACGCGGCGGCAGCGGCUCUGCAUUGCGAUGGUUUUACCUCUCGGUAUCCUCAUCCCAUCAGUGACGCUAUCAUGGAGGAAGCACAGGUACCUGUUAUCGAGUAAAGACAACCGCAUCAGAAACGCGCAGUAACGACCAGCAGCAAUCUAUUUAGGCUUUAUUCGUCUUCUCAUUUCUUUGCCUGUCAUUGACCGUGUGUCAAUUCUAAAGAAGGAACGAGGCAAAACAUACCUUAAAACAUGAAGCAUUUUUUGAGGGUGGUUACACAGUUCUUCCUGUUCCUGUACUGUAAAUGUCUGUGGCGAGGCCUGAAGUUUGUGGUCAGGAAGAUCACAGGACGGUGUGAGCUGCAGCGGAUCUGCUACAACAAUAAGCCAGGGGCCCGCAGGACCCUUAAGAUUGAGUCCUCCCUCAGGUACUCGAAGAAUGAGCUGUGCCAGUCUGCCCUCAGUGUUCACCCAGACUGUGUGGAGAAGACUGUUGAUAACAUAAUGACCCUGAAGAAGAUCAACCCAGACACUAACCCACAGCUGAGCAUCUCUCUCCAGGCCAGCCUGUUCCAGAUCGUGGGCUACCGUGGCCUGGUGGCGGAGGUUGAGAAGCUACGCAGGGAACCUUACGAUUGUGAGAACUUAAAACAUGAGGAGAUGCUGAUGAAGCUAUGGAAGGCGCUGCGCCCUGAUUCACCUCUCACUGGGCGGAUCUCCAAGCAGUGGUGUGAGAUCGGUUUCCAAGGCAACGACCCCAAGACUGACUUCAGGGGCAUGGGUCUACUGGGCCUACACAACCUCCUAUAUUUUGCUGAGCAUGACAAGGCCACCGCUCUCCAGGUUCUUCAGGAUUCCCUGCAGCCCAAACAAAGGAGUAUUCCCAAAGAAGCCAGCAAAAUGAGCAAAGCAGAGUGGGAACAGAAGAAUUUUGAUAAAGCCAUUGGGUACUCCUUUGCCAUCGUGGGCAUCAACAUAACAGACCUGGCCUACUCUCUGCUGGUGAGCGGAGCCCUGAAAACCCACCUGUACAACGUAGCCCCGGAGAUGCCGAACCUCAUCCAUUUUCAGCAAACCUUCUGUUACCUGAUGCAGGAGUUCCACCGGUUCUGGAUUGAGGAGGACCCCUGUGACAUUAUGGAGUUCAACCGCGUGCGCUCCAAGUUCCACCGGCGGGUUCUGAGGCAGCUCAAGAACCCAGAUAUGGCGCUGUGCCCCCACUUUGCUGCCUCCGACCUCCACCUGGUCAACCUGUAAUAUACACGGCCCUUGACCUGUAACCUUCCCAACCCCCUCCCUCUCAGCCCUGCCACCUACACCAUGUCACUGCCAACCGCUCACCCAGCUGACAUACGCAUUCACACGUACAUAGACACGCUGACACACACACACAAACACACACCCUCUCAUGUCCUGCCUCUAACCCCCACAGCGACUUCAGAACCACCAGCACCACUGACGACCAUUGCGAUUGUAGGGGUGCAUGUUGAGGCUGCACCACACACAUCAGUCACUCACUGACUCGUUGGUAUUCCUUGCUUUAAUGAUUUGUGAUUGUACCACAGCCAUUUGUUGCCAGUUGCAUAUUGUUGUUAUUAUGUAUUUAUAAAGGGAUAGCUCACUAUUAGUGUGAAUUGUCCCUUUAACUUAACCAUCAUGAAAUAAGUGCUUUUUUUUCUCAAGUCAUUCUGUCCCAUGAAUACAUCUCAUUUUGAUGAAUGUUCUGCAGUGAGACCAAAACGUUUUGAAGAGAUGUUCUGAGACAGUGCUUCCCCGGUCUUACCAGUAGAGGGGGCAGUACUCCUAGGCCAUCACUGCACUGUCAGCUUGUCGGAAAUAAUAAACUUGAAAGGCCUCAUUAGCUUCCUAUUUUUGUAUAGGGAGUUGCAAUGACAUACUGUAGCAGAUCCAUGCAUUUCUUCUAUAUGGUUCUUUACUAUACUUUUCUGAACUGCAGCGUACGAUAAUGUAAUCAGAGAUACUAAUCUUAAUGCCUACUGUAAUGUAGAAGCGGGCAUGCAGCAGGCUUUGUGUUACUGUGUGAGAAAAUGUAUUUUCUAAGUCAUUGUUAUAGAUUGUAUUGAUAAUAACACUUCACAAGGACUGAAUAAUUUUUGCCAAAAUGUAAAUUAUGGAGUAUUCACAUCAAUCAGAAAAGCAGUUUGAGGACAUUGUUGUUUCUUUUAUGAAUGUUAUAUAGCUACAGUCAUGGUCAAAAGUAUUGCCAUCCUUUGUCUAGUGAAAAAAACACCUCCUAGCAUACAACCCCCUUUCACUGAAUUGAAACUGUCAUACCUUGUGUUGGAAGUUCAGCUUGAUAACAUUACGUACUUUGUUAACAGGAACAUCAAGGUCUUUGGAAAUUGACUUGUAGCCUUGAGUGUCUUGCUAGGCUACACACUGAUUGUCCAUGCUAGGCUACAGUCUUGUCUGACUUCCUCAGAUAAUUCUCUGGUUUUCAGAGAAUUAUGUUUAUUUUGGUACACACUCUGACACAAAACAGGAGAGUCCUUUUCUCUAUUGAAACUGGUUGAAUUCGUGAUUUUUAUAUUGCAGGCACCUGCAACUCACCACAUGUGGGUUACAAAGUGAAUUAGAAUCAACUGCUUAAAAUGUUAUUAUUUUUAACUACUUAAAGAAGGUGCCAAUAAUAUCAUUUGUGCCAUUUUAGGAUUUCAUUGUGAAAUACAGUUGCUCUAAAAAGUUUUGCAUACCCUUGAGAAUUGGUAACAUAUGUAUCAUUUGUAAAGAAAACAUGAGUGAGCAGGAAAAACAAGUCUUUUAUUUCUUAUGGGAUUCACAUUCAAAU